UCUGCCACUGCAAUUGGGUCUCUGGGAACACAAAAGGUUUGACAAGCCAUGCUGGUGUUGCGGCUGGAUAAACAAGACUGACUUUUUUGGGGGGUUCUCCUCUCAGGGACAUUAUCCAAACUGAAAACUGUCUUGGUAGCAUUCAAAGAAGCAAGAUGAAGACCUACUGGGAGGACUUUGUUUUUCGGGCUGGGCUCUUCAUCCACAUCUCUUUCGUCUGCUUCUUCACUGCAGUGUGGGGACAGUCGGACAGCGGCAGCAGCGUGGUGGUGGCCGCCUACAACGUGAGCGCCCCCGCCGGCUCCAGCGUGACCCUGCAGUGCGUCAGCGGCCGCAUGGUGUGGACCAGCGACGCGCUGAGGGACCGGCAGAGGGUGGUCCACUGGGACGUGUUCCGGGUCCACUUGGAAGACAGCAUGGAGAGAGUGCUGGACAUGUACUCGGCGGGAGAACAGAGGAUCUACAACUCCUACAACCUGGACAGAGUGGGCCUCAGCAGGAAGGCCUUCAAGGACGGAAACUUCUCCCUCGUGAUCAAAGACGUGACGAUGAACGACAGAGGUCUGUACUCUUGUAACCUACACCACCUCUACUGCCACCUGUAUGAGACCGUACGAGUGCAGCUUAAUGUCACUAAAUCACGUCGUAAAGAGCAGCGCUACUGGGAUGGCCACAAAGCGGUCUUCGUGGUCCUGCUGGGGAGCACUGUGGUGCUGCCAUGCGUCAACAGGAGAAACGUGUGGACCGACUGGGGCAAUGAGGAGGAGGAUCAGCAGGUGGUGCACUGGGACCGGCAGACCCCAGGGAUCUACCAUGAUCGGGCAGACCGCCUAGUGGACUUGUACGCCUCGGGGGAGCAACGGAGCUACGGACCCUCCUUCCUUCAGAGGAAAAUGAACAUCAGCCAGCGGGCCUUUGCAGAAGGAGACUUCUCGCUCUUCAUAUCCGACCUGCAGGCCACAGACCAGGGGAUGUACUCAUGUCAUCUUCACCACCAUUACUGCGGUUUACAUGAGAGGAGACAGUUUCAGGUCACAGUACAACCACCAGUGAUUCACACCACACCAGAAAAAACACUGCCCAGUGCAGACAAAGAUGAGGAGAACAAAGUGGAGCCUCCUCGGGUCAUCAACGUGGUCCUGCCCGACCAGAGACAUCACUUCCUGAUGCCGCUCGGCUUCGUUCUCACCGCCUUCCUCCUCCUGGCGUUCAUUGUCCUCCUCAUCAUCCUCAUAACGCGCAGACGAAGAACUCUGGAGUUGUAUUCGGUGGCAUCCAUGAGGUCCAGCAGAAGUCGCAGCAGCUCAGAGGAGUUCGAGAUGGAAGUUUCCGGGGUGACUCUGCCCUUCAGGGAGUCGGAGGAUCGAUUCGACUUUAAGAACAACCUGCUGAAAGAGGUCAACAUUAACACGCCGUGCAAAGUCGUUGAUCUGGACAAAGAGAUGCAGAAAUGCUGCAAGUGAGACAAGUCCAAGGUCACUGGCUGGUCCAGAGGCCGAUGAACACGUCCCACAGCUUGGGGAUCUUCCAGCAUCCACACCCUCACAAACAGUCAUUAGUGUUUUUGUUUUGCGUUGGAGAAACAAAGACACCUUAAUCCACUUUAUAGGCACCACAGCGCCACCCAGAGGUUGUUAAAUGAAGGUGCAACACUGUAUUUGAAACGAUGACGACUCCAUUGUAAAUAAGUGAAUGCUAUUACAGCUUUGGUAAUUACAUAACCCUUUUGCUUCCUCUGACUGCACUAAAGGAAUCUUUUUGGUGCCAAAUGUAACUGUAUCCAUCUUGUUUCGAUUGCUAUCAUUGUGUUUGA